GCCAAUUGCAGACUUCAUCUCCAGCAAUGACAAACCUCAACAGGCUCCAUGAGCUUCACUCUGAGCAGAAACUGCAGACAAUUCGUCUUAAAAGAUAUCAAAUUUUCAAAGAAUCGUUUUAAAAGGUAGUUAAUUGGGUUUUAAUUUCCAUUAUGGAUAUAAAGCGCGCUACUGCUCUAAAUGAGGUUAUGAGGAUCGCAAGAAGGAUAUGGGAGAAUUUCCACUGAGAUGUUCGUUGGUGUCUGCGCUGCUCGCUGGGCUGAUUGGAAAUUUCAGUGGAAGUAUUAGUAGAGGAAGACGCUUCCUGUAACCGCGUAUCGCACAUAUAAUGGAGUAACAGAAAGGAGGGGGCGCAGAAAACUUGACACAGCCUUCAAGUGAUGGUCAGUCAACUCGCGCAGACUUUACACUUCAGGUGCGCCUGUUAUUUUUGAUCCUCACCAGGGACGACUGGCCACUAUACCGGAGAGAAACUUUAAAUAGUGAGCUUCAACCUGGACAGACGGCUCUGCGGCUUCAGCGAGGACGCACGGUGGAUUUGGGCCAUUUUUGCUCUUUGCGCGCUCUCUGUGCUCCGUGACGGCGGAUGACCGCGGAUGCUGGGAGACACGUCACUUCUAAAGUUUUAUCUCAAGACAAAUAAGCCCCAAGAGCAGACGUCCGAACGGGAACUAUACCAAAUAAUUUCUUUCUUUUUCAUAAACAAGCAGGGCUCUCUAUUUUUUUAAAAAGGUACAGAAAACUCUACGUUUGACUGAAAUAAUUUUGGGGAUGCUCCUGUCUGCAUUUGCUUAAAACUGCCCUAAGCUUUGAUUUACUUAAAGAGCUCUCGGAAAGUCUCACUAAAUGCUUGUAAAGCAUGGUCCUCAAUAACAUCCUUGUCAAUGGAAGCGUUUUGAAAGUGUUGGAGUGCAAGAUUUACAUCUUCUGGUGGUUAUUUUCCAUUUGAACUCAAUAGGUGCCACUGAAAUAAAAGCUUCUUCUUACUUUGCGGGAACUAUGAGCGGACCGCGCAGCCACACCAUCAUGGGACUGCUGUUACUGAUGUGCGCGCUGACCGAGCACGUCUGCGAGAGCGCGCCCUCCACUGUGCCCGUGGUGCGCGGUGACGCGCGGCCGGACUUGAGGCGGAUGCAACACAUCAUGAGGCACGUGGAGGACAACCGGGGACGACACCAUAGCGCAAAAACGGAAGCCCCGGGGCUCACGGAGAGCUCCUACGCCGAGCAGAGGGACUUUCGCAACAAGGCAGACAAAGGGAACCAAUCUGUCGUUAUAUUUCCCAGAGAUCUGAGAAAGAAAGAGAAGUUCAUAAAACACAUAACAGGUCCUCUUUUCUUCAGUCCAAAGUGCAGGAAGAUGGUGUACAGAGUUUACCACCACACCAGAGACUGCACAAUACCUGCGUACUUCAAAAGAUGUGCACGACUACUCACGAGGCUGGCAGGAAGCCCACAGUGCACGGAGGGGUAGCAGCGCACACAAGGCUGAAAACAAAGCUCCAGAAGAAAAAAUAAACACUUUGGAGAUAAAAGUGCCUCGGACAGUUAAAGGAUAGCCUAAAUCUGAGAAGCCUGACAGAUAUUAGGCAAAGAAUUGUCCUUCACUCAGGUCCUUUCAGCUGAGGCGUGGACUGCUGCCAACCAUUACACUGUUUGGACCUUGAAGGCCAGCUGUCAUGACCAUGGGAGCAACAAGACCUGGACUGGUGUGGAGAUGAUGAAAGUGGGGACUGGACAUAGAAAAAGUGACUGAGAAAGAAAACAGGGGCCUUUAUGUCUUCGCUGGAAUCCAAAAAUAUGUUCCUGAAACAAAGAAAACCACUAUUUUUCAAUGAUCUGCUUUCAGCAAUUAGUUUUCUUUUCCAGUUUGAGUUCAUCAAUUCUGCUGCAGCAUUUAGAGACCAGUCGCACUGCAGGAUCGUCUGAUGUGUUUUCAUAAUUAUGGGUAGACGUGAGCGGAACUCAAAAAGUUACCAACUUCUUGCUUAACUGUGGCAACAUUUGACAAAAAUGUAAUUCCUGUAUUUAAAUCUACACAAAUAAUAAUUUCUUGUAAAUUCAAGUACAGUAUAAAAAGCAAAUAUGCAGUUAUUUGACAAAGCUUUACACAUCAGAAUGAAAAUUAGAACUACAGAUUUGAUCAAUAUUUAAAGUUUUUCAUCUGAAUGCAACCUUAGAUGACAUCAAAUUUGUUUCCAUUAGUACUUCAAAUAAAGAUAAAAUGCUAAAUCUCCUUAUAGAAGCUAAUUACACCCAUAGUUCUUUAUUAUAAAAAGCAAAUCAAAUGAGUUUGGAGUUUGCUGGUAUAAUUUAGAAGAGUGAUGAGAUGACAUCAUGAAUGAAUAGGCAGAACUAGAAACAUCUGAUCUACCUUCUUCUGGUUAGAUGAUAACAAAACAAGAGAAUACACACACCUGAUCCUACUGUUAGGUAGGAUGGUGGAUUUAAAAGGAUUUGGGUUUUUCAUCCAUCUAUUUUCCAAAACCACAUUCUUCCCCUUCAGGGUCACAGGGAUGCUAGAGUGAAUCCCAGCUACUGUCCAUUGCUCCAUUGCAAGGCCUGAUCACAAACAUUAAAGUAAAAAAAAAAAAAAAAAAAAACAGGAAACAGAACAAUGAGUUGAGCAAAUCCAACAGGGCUGCUGAAAAAGAGCAGAUUCCUGUGUUAAUAACACUGAUUAGGAAGCUGUGGUCCCUCCUCAAGACAGCUGCAUGAGGAGAAACUCAAGAGAUCAUGUAAACAUAGGGAAGUAUUUGUCCCAAAAGCAUAAAAUCUCAUUAACUUUAUUCCAAUUUAUGUUUUUCAUUUUCUUUUUGGGUUUUAAAGUGAGAGGUAACGUUUUUUAUUUAAAGAAAAUGCAGAAAUGAUUUGUUUUUCUUAUCCAAGGCUGCAGAAAAUACCCUAUUAAUUUACAAAAUAUGAUGUGUAAAUCUUUGACAUAAUAUGGUUUUUUACACAACUUUCAGUCCAUUUCAACAGAAAUACCACAGUAAGUCAAGACAAAUCCAUCCAGCUUCCAUCAAUGAUUAAAGGAUGUUAAAAAAAUGUAAAAAGUAAAUAUAUUUAAAUAAAUUAUGAGAUUGAUAGAAAUGGGAGGAGUAUUUUUUUGUUUGCAUUCCCCUCUUAAAUGUAAGAAUGUACCGGAAUGAUCACAUGACCAGACUAAGUCCUGGGACUUCAGAUCUGGUGGACUUCACUGCUGCUUCACACAGAGCCGUUAAAAAAGGAGAUGAAUCUCAGAGAGCAAAGUGUUUCUUUGGAAUAAAUGUUGAU